AUGGGUCCUGUUAGUUACGGUACGGGUCCUGUCAGUAACGGUACGGGUCCUGUCAGUAACGGUGCGGGUCCUGUCAGUAACGGUGCGGGUCCUGUCAGUAACGGUACGGGUCCUGUCAGUUACGGUACGGGUCCUGUCAGUAACGGUACGGGUCAUGUCAGUAACGGCAUGGGUCCUGUUAGUUACGGUACGGGUCCUGUCAGUAACGGUACGGGUCGUGUCAGUUACGGUACGGGUCCUGUCAGUAACGGUACGGGUCCUGUCAGUAACGGCAUGGGUCCUGUUAGUUACGGUACGGGUCCUGUCAGUAACGGUACGGGUCCUGUCAGUAACGGCAUGGGUCCUGUUAGUUACGGUACGGGUCCUGUCAGUAACGGUACGGUACCUGUCAGUAACGGUGCGGGUCCUGUCAGUAACGGUGCGGGUCCUGUCAGUAACGGUACGGGUCCUGUCAGUUACGGUACGGGUCCUGUCAGUAACGGUACGGGUCCUGUCAGUAACGGCAUGGGUCCUGUUAGUUACGGUACGGGUCCUGUCAGUUUCGGUACGGGUCCUGUCAGUAACGGUACGGGUCCUGUCAGUAACGGCAUGGGUCCUGUUAGUUACGGUACGGGUCCUUUUAGUAACGGUACGGGUCGUGUCAGUAACGGUACGCGUCCUGUUAGUAACGUAAGUACCCAGUCCCUUGGGUAUUGGAUACUAGACGGCCCGAGUGUUGCGAUAUUUGGGGAGUACAGUGCAUCCAGGGCCAUUUUGAGGCAGGGUCUCCUUGAACUAGUUGUUGACUAUUUCAUUGAACAACAUACGGGCAGUCCGUCGCAUGCCAUCCAGAGCAAGGCGGUAAAUUUCUUCCUCAGGGACACAACCACAACAGCAGAGACCGGACCAUUUAUCAGCUUUAGGAGAAACACAAACCGACACCGGUAG